AUGAAGAUAACACACCUAUUAUAUGUUGACGAUUUAAAACUCUAUGCAAAGUCAGAGAACAAAAUAUCAGUCGUGACAAAGAAAGUUAAGGAAAUGUAUGAAGAUAUUGGGAUGUCCUGGGGCCUGGAAAAGUGUGCUUCUUUGCAUGUAGUUAGAGGGAAAGUAUCAAAGAGCGAAGAUUUACCAAUAGGGGCAAAGGAUUCCAUCUCAGUUAUGGAAUCUAGCGACAAGUACAAAUUCCUUGGAAAGUAUGAAAAUUUCGAACAGCUGGACAAGUUCACGUUCCAACAAGCAGAAAAAGAGUAUCUACGAAGAUUGAAUGCUAUAUGGUCAUCACCCUUGUCAGUACCAAGAAAACAGACAGCUUGCAUCGUCUUUGCUUUGCCUACAUUAGAAUACUUCAUGGGGACGAGUAAUUGGUUGAUAGCAGAUAUUCAAAAUCUUGACAGGAAAAGCAGAAAGGUAGUCGAGAUGCAUAAAGGAAAACACAUCUCAGAAUCAAUAGCAAUGCUCUAUUUGCCACAGAAAUGUGGUGGAAGGGGCUUCAAGUCUGUAGAGGAUACCUAUAAGAUCUCAAAAAUUAAGGUGGCACAUCACAUUAACAUAAGCAAAGAUCCAAGAAUAAAGCUGGUACGCUCGUUCCAACAUUACAAAAGCAAAAAGAACUUCAAGUCAAUUUUUGUUGAAGCAACAAGGUACGCAAAGGAACAUUUCAAAGCUGACUUGAGUCUUUUAGAGGAAAAGUCUGUAUUAAGCUAUGAACAGGAAAGAGUGGAGUUAAAAGAUGACAACUAUAUACAGAUCCAACGCAGACUAGGAAGUAUCCUUCAAAGACUAUAUGAAGAAAGAGUUAGAAACCAACCUUGGUUAGGAUUCUACACGGUUUCAAUACAAGAUAAUGAUGAAAUAUCAAAAAACAGUAGAAACAUUUUUCGAAGCUGGAAAAACAUCCCAGAUAUAGUUUUAUCGACAAAUGAAUCAAUAAAGCAACAGUUACUACCUACCAAAGCGUAUUCAAAGUACAAGUUAAAGAUGGAAACUGCAAAUACAACAUGUAGUCUAUGUAAGCAAGCAGAAGAAACAGUCGUUCAUUUGCUGUGCUCCUGUGCAGCAUUAGCACAAACACUCUACAAGGCACGACACGAUAGAAUGUUAAGACCUAUUUAUCAUCUAAUACGAGCAAAGUUUGAAUUUGAUGGAAAUAAUCGUGGAGUUCCAUGGUACAAGCAAGCAUUACCUCUUGCAAGCAUCGAAAAUGAUCGUGCUAAGAUUAUGUGGGACAAACCGAUGCACUUAGACAAAAGACCAAGCAACAAUGCCAUUAAGCCUGAUAUGCUGAUAAUUGACAAAGUAGGAAAAAAGGUCAGUUUGAUAGAGGGGACUAUAUGUGCACCUGGAUGUAUUGCCAAGAGAGAGAAAGAAAAACAAGACAAGUAUUCUGAAAUGAGAAAGUCACUGGAACGGUUAAAUCGUGAAUACGAAAUAGAUCAAAUCAAUGUUGUAUUUGACUUCCGAGGCUGUUACAGCAAGCAAUUGGAGUGUCAUAUCAAGAGACUAUGUGAAGGAGAGAAGGAGGCAAAAUUAGUAAUCGAACAAUGCCAAAAAUGGGUACUCAGCCAAAACUGCGAGAUUGUUAAAACUUUUUAUGAAAGAAAAUAG